AUGCGAUUUCUAAUGAAACUUCUCGUUCUGUCCUGUCUACUAAUCGUUGUUUAUCAAUAUUCUCAAUGCACAGAAUUAUCUCGUGCAUCGUUGAAUAGCGAUAUCAGUGAGAAUUCUUUGAAACUACAAUAUUUACAAGUUUUCAAAGAAAAACGAUCCGUCUCUGAACAACAACUCGCGCCAUUCAAUGCAAAAGUUGGCGUUGCAUCAUCCAACGUCCCGGCUUAUUCCAACGGUAAUGAUUCGUAUUAUUCCGGUGAAGACAGUUAUCUCUACGGUACCUACAUGGGACUGAAAUGGCAAUGCGUUGAAUACGCUCGUCGUUGGACAUUUCUUCGUAAGAGUUCAGUUUUCGAAAGUGUCGAUGGCGCAAAUAACAUGUGGACACAAUUAAAAUAUGUCGAACGAGUUGCUGAUAAGAAACAGUUUUCUUUAAAACAUCAUCCAAACGGUUCACCAACACCGCCGACAAAUGAGUCAUAUUUGAUUUAUCCAAUCAAUAAAGGUGCACCAUUUGGACAUGUCGCGGUGAUUGUUGACGUUUUACCGAAUGCCAUUCGAAUUGCUGAACAGAAUUAUUAUUUUAAUUAUUGGACGAAGAAUUAUUCGCGAGAACUUCCGGUAACUUAUCGAAAUGGACUUUAUUACGUUCAAGAUAUCUCAGAGAUUUACGGUUGGAUGGAGAUUGAUGAUAAGAAAGAAUUGAAACCAUUGGAUGAAGUCACUGCGCGGCAAAUUCAAAUGAAAAACGCACCGAAACUCGACUCAAACUCAAUUUGUUCUCAUAUGAAUGUUCAUAUUUAUUUAUUUAUUCUUUUUCUCUGUUUAUGCUUCGGUUAUUUUAUGUUUUUCUAA